AUGGUCGUCGAAAAACGUCCCGCUGAAGACGAGAAAGAAACGUCUAAUAAGAAACUCAACGCAUCAUACUCUCAUGAUGAGAUUGUGAGUUUUUUAAAUAAUAAGAUCUUUGAAGAUGGCUUCCAGAAGACUUUGAAGCUGGAGAUUACGGACUCCCAGCCAUACAGAUGGGGUACUGUUAAGGAACUCAUCAACGACGAAUUGUUGCGCUCUGUCAGAAAGGAGAUUCUUGGUGAGAUUGCUUUCACAAAGAAAGAAACCGAUAUUUACAAGGUCUACCAGUCUGGGGACUUGGCGAACUUGUCUGGGUUGAACUGGGACGAUCUUUCCAGGUUGCCUUCCCUUUACAAAUUGAGAGCUGCAAUCUAUUCUGAAGAGUUUAGAGACUUUAUCUCGAAUGUAACUGGUUGUGGCAAGCUCAGUGGAGUCAAGACGGAUAUGUCCAUCAACACUUACACUAAAGGAUGUCAUCUCUUGACGCACGACGAUGUCAUCGGCUCCCGUAGAGUCAGUUUCAUUUUGUACAUGCCAGAUCCAAAGUACACUUGGAAACCUCAUUACGGUGGCGGUUUGCGUCUCUUCCCUGCUGUUGUUCCCAAUGUUCCAGAAACCGACCAUGAAGUGAAGCUCGUGCCUCAGUUUAAUCAGAUGGCUUUCUUCACUGUCCAGCCAGGUUUAUCUUUCCACGAUGUUGAAGAGGUGCGUGUUGACAAGCAGAGAUUAUCUAUUCAGGGAUGGUUCCAUAUUCCUCAACCUGGUGAGGAUGGGUACAUUCCCGGAGAACAAGAAGCUACAGAGGCCAAGAGUACUUUGCAACAGCUUCAAAGCAAGGAGUUACAGGAGUUUGAUUUCCCAAAGCCUUAUAGAAAUGACUUCACUGUCGAGGAAAUCAAACAACAGGAAGGUUUAGACCUCGAAGCCAAUUACUUUGAUGACGCUGAGAAAGAAUACCUAGCGAAGUACUUGAACCCUUCUUAUUUGACAAAAACGUCUGUGGAACAGCUUAACAAUACUUUUAUCAACGAAUCUGUCGUUGAAAUCAAGGACGUUUUGAAACCCGAAUUUGCUGAUCUUCUUCAAGAUACGUUGAGAAAGACUGAAAUCGAAAACAAGGUACCUCAAACCUCCAAAGAAAUUCAAUUCCCAUGGAAAUGUGCCGUGCCACCACACAAGCAAAGAUUUAUGUACAUAGACGGCAAGGGCGAGAUCAAUCCUACGGAAGAAGGCAUCAAGCACACCAACCACAUUGGUCCUCAAGAGCUUCCUAACUUUGAAUUGGCCAAGCGUCUUACGCCAAAUAAGCCUGACCAGAUGCUUUUGGAAAUCAUGACAUUCAUGAAGUCGAUUGCUUUCAGGAAAUGGAUUGCUUAUGUGACAAGUCUUGCAGUUACCAGUGACCAGAUUCUUGCCAGAAAGUUCAGACCAGGCCAGGAUUUCAUGUUGGCAACAACAACCGAAAAGAACUUGGCCAGAGAGCACAACAACGAAAUGAACGUUUUGCUAGAAGCAACACUUGGUCUCACGCCUACAGCUACGAACUCUAAGAACUGGGAAUCAGGCGAAUUUGGAGGCUACGAACUAUGCAUGGCCACUGGUGGGGACUCUGACGAAGAAUUGGAAGACGAUGACCCUGCCAUCUACAAAGCCGGCGAUGCAAGCGACGACAGUGUGUUAUACAGCAGUCAAUGCAAGUGGAACUCCUUGUGCCUUAUGCUCAGGGACCCUUCAGUGUUGAAGUUUGUCAAGUACGUGAGUAUUAACGCUAAAGGAUCAAGAUGGGACAUCAGCGCCCAAUGGAACGUUAAACCCGUUAGCGAAGAACCAGAAGAAGAAGAAACGAAAGAUUAA